CGCACUGGCAUCCGGGCGUGGAAUUUGGCGGCGCCCCGCGCAACUGCCGGGAAGGGGCGCAAGCGAGGAAGAAGAGGAGGCGGCCUCGCGUGUUGGGUGGUGUUGGAGUUAACCAAGUUCUUUGUCAAUGUCUCUGCUACUGAAUCUCUUAAAACAAUUGCUGGAAUAUUAUGGUGUGCCACCAGAACUGCUCCUACGGAGGUGUAAAAUUUGUCUUAAUCGUAUUGCUCAUAUGAUUGGAUCCCAUCUUUCUUCAAAUACCCUUUCACGAACACACUUCCAACACUUAUGUGCCAUCUCAAGGAGCUGUUUGAUAUCCUGGGCUUGGGAAAGAAAAGAAUAUGGAUCUACUCGAAGUUUCAUUCGUAGACUGGGAAACUGUCUUUUGCUAACUCCUACUCCAAGGCCACACUUUCCGAUGAUCCAAAGUUUGAAUUCUUUAGAAUCUGACCAAAGUUACUACAUUGCACCAUCUCUUGCUGAUGUUUUGUGGAUGGCAGAUGAUGACAGAGCACAAUGUGCUAAAUUCAGAUAUGAUGAAUGGAGAGAAGUUGUAACUCCAUCUACACUUCCUGCACCAGUUGGUUCAAAAGAAAUAGUGCAAAAAACAACUGUUGUGAAUGAAGAUGCAUUCCAAAAAAUUUCUGCUCUUGAGAACGAGUUAGCUCAUCUGCGUAGACAGAUUGCUUCAAUUGUUGCCGCGGACCGGACAGGAAAUGAUCAGUCACGUACCAUGAAGUCGCACUCCGGUGGUCUCCCACAGCCAACAAUGACUUCGUCACCCGUUCCUGUCUCUCUUUGCAACGUGGUUGUUCCCCCUGCUCCUCCUCCACCACCACUGCCAUCUAAUCUUGAUUCCUGUAAUUCUGCGAUUGAACUUAUUAAGCAACGUCGGGCUGCAAACCCUGGCAGGCAUAUUACAGAAAGUGUUGGAUGGAAGACGGUUAAGACUGCUCCUAGUAUGAUGGAUGUUCUGAAGGAUAUGAAAAAGGUCAAACUGAGAACUGUUGAGAGAUCACCUGGAGGUACUCCUCUACCCAAAACAAAGAAAAUCAUGCAGUCUUCAUGGGACCCAGCAGCUUUAAUAGCAGAAGCUCUUAAAGAGAAAUUUGCAUCCCAGAGCAAUGGAGAAGAUUCAUUUGACAAAGAAAAUCGAUCCUAUGGUGCUUCUCCAUUUUCCAGUCCUGAUACUCCUGUGGUUGGCUGUCGCAUUUUGAAGCCAAGCAUGAAGCAGACGUAUAUUAGAGCUGAGGAACUGACGCAUGUAUCAGCUACAAAAACAGGAGCUCGUAUUUAGCCGUUGUAUAAAGCUUAGGGGAAAAAGCUAUGCUUACUCCUGGGACUAUUCUUUUUAGGGUUCCAUGGACAUUUUCUAUGAGAAAAUGGCUUCUAAAACUAACUGUUCGUAUUAAAUAUUUUAGCAGCCAAGUUUGCUAAAUAUUUCAGUAGCUGUAAUACUUUCUGGUUUUGCAUCAACUUUAUAGUCUAGAUGGCAACUUUUUUGUCUCACAAAUAAAUCUGUAAAAGAAAGGUGACACAGAAAGAAAAUAUAAAUAUCUGCAAUGUUUAUCCAGUUGAGAUGGUAAUAUAUUAAGAUUGUUUAAGCAAGAAACGGGGUAUAUUUAAUAGUGAUUGUUAGCUUCCUCAAAAAAAUACUGUUUUAAUGUUGUUCUAGUUCACAUGUAACAACAACCCAGAAUGUAUGGGUUGUCAUUGAACUGUGGGUUGUUAUGUGUGACUCCGACACAAUGGUUUAACUAGAAAUCAACCAUGAAUGAGCUAGGAAAAGAAGUCAUCAUUUGUUGGGUUUGAACUCUGAGUUGUUCAUGGUUCAUCCAUAGUUAAACCAUAGUGUAGUGUUUGCACAUAAUGACAACCCGUGAUUCAACAAGUCACAUUCUGAAUUUACAUGUGAACAAAGACAUUGAUUUAAACAUUAUAAGGUAUACAUAAUUGGUGGUAAUGGCAUUUUCUAGGCCUUGAAGUAAGAGAUGUGACAUGUGCAAAACCUGCCAUGAAUAUGGUGCAAAAUUAUAAAGUAUUCCAUGGGUGCUAUAGGCAUAUUUGAAAUUCAAAAUAGAAAUAAAUUUUGCUGUUGACUUUUUGUACCUCUGAAAAUUUAGCCUUUAAAAUAAAUUCUUUAGAUAUAGAUUGUGAUCUUUCUCUGUGACUUAAAUAUGUCAGAUUUUGUGUCUUGUGUCUAAAGAUACAGAAAGACAUAAGCUAUCUCAUAAAAUGAGUCCUCUAUCGUGAAACCUUCCUGCCCUGAGAUGAAAGUGCUUCCUUCUGACAAUUUGAUGCAUGACAUUUAGCAUCCUUUCCCAGUCACUGUCGGAUCCUUUCUCAAGUCAGAAAUACUGUUGCAUAUUCUUAUUUGCAAAGAUGUAUCCUGAAA